CAACCCUAGCCAGUGCAGACAGCACAAAGAUACAAAUUCCAACCUCAAAACUCAAAAGGUAGAGAAAUACCUCUACAACUCUCACGACAACCUUAGAUUAACAGAAAGAACAAAAUCAUAGUACAAUGCUAAUCCGAUCACUUUCUCCAUCAAAGCUGAAGAAACUCCUUCUACCACUUUCUCUCUCACCAUCUACACACACAGCUCCUAUACCCAACUCAAUACCUCCAAUUCUUGAAAAAACUCUUUAUACCCAAAACCCUGCUAAAACCCUAUUCCCUCAUUUCUUGUUCAGAAACUUCUCUACACCCUCAAAAAUCCAAUCUUUACCACUUUCUAGAGAUGGGAAUUUUGAGGAAGUUACUUCUAAUGUCAUUUGCCGUGGUUGUGGUGUCACUAUGCAAGAUUCUGACCCAAAACAACCAGGGUAUUUCAUUAAACCUUCAAUUAAAAGCCCAAAUUAUAGAGAACGCAUUAACAAGAAUCCAAUUGUUGAUGAGCCAGAAAUAUCAGUUUCUCUAAAAAGGGGUUUGCUUAAUGAGGUUGUAGAAUGUGAAAAUCAAGAGAAUCUUGAAACCCCAUCUGAGAAAAUUGAAAAGCCAGUAGUUUGUGCUAGGUGUCAUAGUUUAAGGCAUUAUGGGAAAGUUAAGGACCCUAGUGUAGAGAAUUUGUUGCCUGAUUUCGAUUUUGAUCAUACUGUUGGGAGGAGGUUGAUGUGGAGUACGGGGGCGAGGGCUGUUGUUUUAAUGGUAGUUGAUGCAUCAGAUUUUGAUGGAUCAUUUCCUAGGAAAGUAGCUCAGUUAGUUUCUAGGACAAUUGAAGAGAAUUCCCGGGCGUGGAAGGAGGGAAAAUCAGGGAAUGUACCUAGAAUGGUGUUGGUAGUUACAAAGAUUGAUCUUUUACCUAGCUCAUUGUCACCUACUAGGCUUGAACAUUGGGUUAGAACAAGGGCGAGAGAGGGCGGGGCGGUUAAGUUGACGAGUGUGCAUAUGGUUAGUGCAGUGAGGGAUUGGGGAGUGAAGAAUUUGGUCGAUGACGUAGUGGGAUUGGCUGGGCCAAGAGGGCAUAUUUGGGCAGUAGGGGCACAAAAUGCUGGGAAAAGUACAUUGAUUAAUGCAAUAGGAAAGUGUUUUGGUGGGAAGGUAACUCAUUUAACGGAGGCUCCGGUGCCAGGGACUACAUUGGGGAUUUUGAGAGUGGAAGGGGUACUUCCAGGGAAUGCCAAGUUGUUCGAUACCCCGGGGCUUUUACAUCCUCAUCAGAUUUCGACGAGGUUGACGAGGGAUGAGCAGAAGCUAGUUCAUAUAAGUAAAGAGUUGAGGCCAAGGACAUAUAGGAUCAAGGGAGGACAUUCAGUUCAUAUAGGCGGGCUCAUGCGGUUGGAUGUGGAAGAAUUAUCUGUUGAUUCUGUGUAUGUUACAGUUUGGGCAUCUCCGCUGAUUCCACUUCAUAUGGGGAGGACAGAGAAUGUCAGCACAAUGCUGGAAGAACAUUUUGGGCGUCAGCUGCAGCCGCCGAUUGGAGAGGGGCGACUUGAGGAGCUAGGGAAAUGGUUGAAGAGGGAAUUUCAUGUGAGCGGGAACUCAUGGGAUUCAAGUUCUGUUGAUGUUGCUGCUUCAGGUCUUGGUUGGUUUGCCAUUGGACUUAAGGGAGAGGCUAAAAUAGGUGUCUGGACAUAUGAUGGCGUUGAUGUCAUAGUUCGUAAUGCAUUACUUCCAAACAAAUCAUAUAAUUUUGAAGUUGCUGGCUUUACUGUUUCAGAAAUUGUUUCCAAAGCUGACCGUUCUUCAAAUAAGCAGCGCCAUAGUGAGAAGAAGAGGAAAUUAAACGACUCUACUGCAGAAAAAAUUGCAGAACCAUCAACUGUCGAUGUGGUAUCAACUACUUGCUAAUACUGGAAGCAUUUACUAUCUGGCGGAAUCUUGUCCCAUCGCUUGAAGGCAGAUCGAAUGUGGGAAGAAUCACCCGUGUUACCUCUCAAAGAAGAAAUAGAGCAUCAAAACCAGAGAAAUGCAUUAACCAGAGGCAUUCAGGGUUGACAAUUGCAUUGGGAACCCGUUUUCUGACGGUGGUUGCAGCCUACAAACCGGGUGUUCUUUGAUGCCAAAAUGUCUCUGUUACGUAAAUGAAGUUCAAUGGUAACUGAUAUAUGCAUGUAGCACAAACCAUAUACUAUAUGAUUUCUGCUCUACCAUAUGAUCAAUUUUGUACUGCUAUAGAUGUCAUGUUUAGCUCUCCAGGUUAGAAGUUGUUUGCAUGGAGGCUCUCUCUGGCUGAUAAUGAGUUGUAUAAAUAGGCAUUAUUGCAAUCAUUUUGUUCAAAGAUUGUGUAACUACAAAACAAGAACAUUUCAAGUGUUAUUUAUACCUAUUAACAUAAAAGUUUCAUA